AAUGGAUCAUAUUUGGCUAUUCCGAUUCUCUUUUCUUUUGGCACUGAUUCAUCGAUCUUCCUCACCUGUAACUCCCCUUUUUUUAUUUCUUUCAUCCAAAGCUUCCGAUCAAAUAUGCCGAGCAGAAACCCAGGAGUAUUGUCUCAGGACUGGGAACCAGUCGUGCUACACAAAUCAAAGCCAAAGGCUCAGGCGCUUCGAGAUCCGAAAGCCGUGAACCAGGCUCUACGUGUGGGAACUGAGGUUCAGACGAUAAAGAAAUUCGACGCAGGUUCGAACAAGAAGACACCGGCGACUGCUGUCAACGCCAAGAAACUUGAAGAGGAGACAGAACCGUCGGCGUUGAACAGAGUACCGGCAGAUGUGAGACAGGCUAUACAGAAGGCGCGAUUGGCUAAGAAGAUGAGUCAGGCCGAUCUGGCUAAGCAGAUCAAUGAAAAGCCGCAGUUGGUUCAGGAGUAUGAGAACGGAAAGGCUGUCCCCAACCAGGCUGUGUUAGCGAAGAUGGAGAGGAUCUUGGAAGUCAAGCUCAGAGGAAACUCAGGGAAGGGAAAGUAGAAGUAAUUUAUUACGAGCUAUAGGUCAAGUCGUCCUGCCUCGUUCGUUUUCGUGCUAUUGUCGUAGAUCUUUCUUUCCUUCUCAGUUUCGGUGUUGGGAUUGAAAAGCAAAGAAUUCACCUUGUAAGAAAUUUGUGUAUAAAGAACCAGAAAUGCUCUGUUAGUUGUUCAUAA